AUGCCUCUAAAAUCCUUCCCUGCACCCCCUCUUCCCCCUCCCACCCCCCAAAACCCCACUCUCGAUCUCUCCCUUCACCACAUCCGCAACUCCUCAUCCCCCUCCUCCCCAGCCACUCCCCAAGAAAUCCCCCCUCCUUCCCACCCAAAAUCCUCCACCCCUUCCUCCCAAGAACACCCACCUCACCUAGACCUUACCCUCUCAAGACCAGAUUUCAACGUACAGAAAGAAGAGAUUUCUAGCUCAAUCGGAUUUUAUACAGAUUGUACACAGCAGAUAGAAGAGUUGCAGAAGGAAUGUGUGAAGGCAGGGGGGGUGAAGGAGAGGAGGGUUGGGGAAGGGGGUGAACAGAGGGAUGAGGAAGAGAAGGAAGGGGGGUUUUAGGGAGGAAGAGCAGGUGGUUGGGGAGGAAAUGGAGAGUGAGGGAUGAGUAGAGGUGAUUGAGGGGGGAAAUGAAGGGGAGGAAGGGAUAUUGGAUGGGGAUAGUGAGAGUGAGGAGGAAGAUCUUGAUUUUGAAGUCGUGCAUACAGUUCAUUCUGAUGAUGGGGGUGAGCAAUCGAAGGAACUAGAGGGGGUUAAUGAAGAGAGUAAAAUUAGUCCGCUCAUGGAAGUAAACACAAAGAAGGAAAAUGAGUCAUUAUUACAAUCCCAAAUAGAUUUAACUCUUUCUUCAGAAGAUGAGAUAUCCAAAAGUGUUCUAUCAUCUUGAAUAGAGCUGCAAAGCAAUAAGGAUGAUACUUCUAGAAUCUUUAAAGAAGAUCUAACUCUUGAAUUUGAAGACCUGAAAAGAUUAAACAACGACAUUCUGGGUGAAGGAGUGUCUCAACUUAGAGAUUCAUACCUCCAAGCAUCAGAGGAAGUUUUCAACUUGCUGAAAGUCUUGAAUAAAUCUCCACUACAGACUUCAUUAGAGGAAAUUCAAGAAGAGAAGAAGAGUGAAAUCAUAGAGGUAAAGGAAGUACCAACUGAGGUAAAGGAAACCCCAAUUGAGGCAAAGGAAACCCCAAUUGAGGCAAAGGAAAUACCAAAUGAGCAGGAUGAAUUGAAAGAGGAUAUAGAAAUAGAUCAGAUUGUUGAAGAAAAGAAAGAUACUGGAGAGAUCAAAGGGGCUGAUAAAGUUGAAUUAGAAUUAGAAAAACCAGUUCCAAAGCCAAUUAUCCUGACUGAGUCAAAUAUUUCAAAAAUUUUCUCCAUAGCCAAAUCUCUCGAAAAACUUAAUGAAGAUCUGGGAUUAUUUAAUUUUGAUUUAUCUGCUCACAAACCAGACAAACCAGUUAACUCAACACCACAAACCCAUUAUUCUCCAUCUCCAUGAUGAACUCCACUUAAGCCUUCCAAAAUAACACCUUCUCUUACCACAACAAAGCAAAACCUGAGUAAAAUCAACAAUUUCGAAAAUGUCAAAACUCCUCAAAAUAUUCAUCAAUCUCCACAAAACUCAAGUCCCAAAUUUUAUUACAAAAACACUCCUCCCAGGGACCCUCAAAUCCAGCUACAAACGGUUCAAGAUACCCUCCAGAGAGCCCAGUCUAACUGGAGCACUCAGCAAGAAUCUCUUGCUGAGAUUUUACAGUCUGUGAAACUUCAGCAACCCCAAGUUGAUGAGUAUCGGACUCCAGCUCCUAAAAUGUUCAAUGAUGAACAAGAUUUAAGCCCCAUGGACCCAAGAUAUCCUAAAUCUAUUAGUCCUUCAUGUAAUGAGAACGAAGAAUUUCUAUAUCAACCAAAAUUCAUGCAGCAAUCAAUAAGGAAGAGAUCCACUUCUAAAUCAAAGUCAAGGAAGCGGAAAAAGAGUCAGAAGAAGGUACAGAUUCAAGAGCCGGUUCCUCCGAUGAGCAACCAACAAGAAAACCCUCUGUUUAAUUACAAUACAGAGACUAAUUUUUAUCAGUCUAAAAGCUGUAAUUAUCAACAAAAACCUUGAGAGGUAGAAUUUGAAAAGCCUGAAAAUACCAACCAUCCUCUCAUGUAUCUGCUUAACAAACAAAUGGGUUAUACUAAUGAAGAUACAGAGUUAGACCUGAGUUAUAGUCUAGCUACUCCUGAAGCUCAUAGUAUAAAUCAUCAACCAGAAGACAACAAUUUAGAAGAUGAUAACGACGAACUUGACCUCAGCAGCCACAGCCUCACAAACCUCCUGACCCAAGCCAAAUCUGAGAAGAAGUUCAGUUUCCUCAACUUUGCUAAACAAACUUGUGAAAAAGAGCUCAAACGAGUCAAGAGCGACUUGAAAACUUAACAAAACAUGGUUUUUUGUUCAUGAUUAUUUCAAUUUGAC